AUGUCGAGCUUAAUUCGCGCUAGCGGAUCUCUGCCUGCAAUGCUGGGCAGACCGACGGCGUUCCCAGCCUCAUUUCUGCCCCACCAAAGAUCACUACUACGCAUCUCUAGGUCAACAGAACAUUUGCAGCAGAUUACAACACUACUCACGAACCCGGUUUCUCUCAGCGUAAGCUGCACUCUCGCAGACUUCGAGCGUAUCGACGCCUAUCCUUUCGAAGAAAAGGUGACAUCUUCUGUAUAUCAAGCGGCGAAGAUGGCUCCAACGAUUGAAGAGCUUGACGCGACUGUUCGCGGCUUCUACGAGGGCCGUGGAGAAUCUCAAAAAGUAGCACAGGCUACCCUAAACCAGUUCAAGGAAGAUCCAGAUGCUUGGUUGUUAGUUGAUAAGAUAUUACAGGAGGCAACAUAUGAGCAAACCAAAUACUUGGGACUGCAAGUACUAGACAACGUUAUAUUAACUAGGUGGAAGGUCUUACCCAAAGAACAGUGUCAAGGCAUUCGAAAUUUUGUCGUCAGCUUCAUUAUCCAAUGUUCCAGCUCCGAAGAGUCUCUAAAAACCCAACGAACCCUCCUAAACAAGCUCAACCUCGUUCUCGUUUCGAUCCUUAAGCAGGAAUGGCCUCACAACUGGCCCACCUUCAUCAACGAAAUAAUCUCAUCGUGCCAUACCAGCCUAUCAAUAUGCGAAAAUAACAUGGCGAUUCUGCGGCUUUUGUCGGAGGAAGUAUUUGAUUAUUCGGCUGACCAGAUGACUUCUGCAAAGACCAAGAACCUGAAAACGACUAUGUGUGCAGAGUUCUCCCAGAUUUUCCAGUUGUGCAGUGAUGUGCUUAAUACGGCCACACAAUCGAGUUUGAUCAAGGCUACGUUGGAGACCCUUCUUCGAUUUUUCAACUGGAUUCCUCUUGGCUAUAUUUUCGAAACCCCAAUAAUCGACACACUUCGCACAAGGUUCCUUGAGACCCCCGAGUUUCGAAAUAUUACGCUGAAAUGUUUGACCGAGAUUGGAGGCUUGCAAACAGGACAACAGAAUUCAUAUGAUGAGAAGUUGGUGUCAAUGUUCACCGAGGUCCUGACCACCAUUUCUAAGAUCAUCCCCCUCUCUCUGGAUCUAAAAACGACAUACAGCUCCAGUAAUUCCAAGGAUCAGGAGUUCAUCCAAAAUCUUGCUUUAUUCCUUACCAAUUUCAAUGGUGUACAUUUGAAUCUCAUCGAGAACUUGCCGAACCGAGACUUCCUUACUCACGCACAUUUCUAUCUUAUCCGUAUCUCACAAAUCGACGAUCGUGAGAUCUUCAAAAUCUGCUUGGAGUACUGGACGAAACUGGUUCAAGAAUUGUAUGAGGAGAUGCAGUCACUUCCAAUAUCCGAUUCCAACCCUCUACUCAACAUGGGGGUCAGUGGUAUUUCGAGCUCUGGUGCACCAAACCCAAGUGUUCUUGCCAAUUACCCUUUGCGAAAGCACAAAUAUAAUGAAGUCCUUUCCAAUCUUCGAGUGGUCAUGAUUGAGAAGAUGGUUCGACCAGAGGAGGUAUUGAUCGUUGAGAAUGACGAGGGUGAAAUCGUGAGAGAGUUCGUGAAGGAGAGUGACACCAUCCAACUGUACAAAACAACCAGAGAAUGUCUCGUCUACUUAACUCAUCUGGAUGUUGUGGACACCGAGAACAUCAUGACAGACAAAUUGGCUCGCCAAGUGGACGGCUCUGAAUGGUCAUGGGCCAAUUGCAACACCCUGUGUUGGGCUAUUGGAUCCAUCUCAUUGGCCAUGAACGAAGAGACCGAGAAACGAUUCCUCGUCACUGUGAUCAAAGAUCUCCUCGGCCUCACUGAAAUGAAGCGUGGCAAAGACAACAAAGCUGUCGUGGCUAGUAACAUCAUGUAUAUUGUCGGCCAAUACCCCCGGUUUUUGAAAGCUCAUUGGAAGUUUUUGAAGACCGUCGUCAACAAACUUUUCGAAUUCAUGCACGAAUCUCACGAAGGUGUACAGGAUAUGGCUUGCGACACAUUUAUCAAGAUCGCUCGUCAGUGUAAAAGACAUUUCGUUGCAUUGCAACCUGGGGAAAAUGAGCCAUUUAUUGAGGAAAUCGUUCGAGGAAUGCGCAAGAUCACCUGCGAUUUAUCGCCCCAACAGGUUCAUACAUUCUACGAGGCUUGUGGAUACAUGAUUGCUGCACAACCUCAAAAGAACGCCCAGGAGAGACUUAUUGCCGAACUGAUGUCCUAUCCCAACGCAGCAUGGGACGCUAUCAUCCAACAAGCCACCGAAAACCCACAGAUACUACUUGAUGCAGAUGCGAUCAAGGUCAUCGGAAACGUCAUGAAGACUAAUGUGUCCGCUUGCUCUUCCAUCGGCACAUAUUUCUAUCCUCAAAUUGGCAGGAUUUAUCUUGACAUGUUGUCUAUGUACCGGGCGACAAGCCAAAUGAUUUCUGAAGCAGUUGCUCGUGAUGGUGAAAUCGCGACGAAAAUGCCCAAUGUCCGUGGUUUGAGAACCGUCAAGAAAGAGAUUCUUAAACUUAUUGAAACAUACGUCGAGAAAGCUGAUGACAUCGAUAUGGUCCGCAAAAACAUCGUACCCGCGCUUUUGGACGCUGUACUUGUCGAUUACAAUAGAAAUGUUCCCAAUGCAAGAGAUGCAGAGGUUCUCAAGGUCAUGUCAACAAUCAUCACCAAAUUAUCUUCUCUUAUGGAAGAUCAAGUUCCAAUCGUCAUGGAGAAUGUCUUUGAGUGUACCUUGGAAAUGAUUAACAAGGACUUCUCCGACUUCCCUGAACAUCGCGUCGAGUUUUUCACCCUUCUUCGUGCUAUCAAUCUUCAUUGCUUCCCGGCUCUUCUCAAACUUGACAACAGGCAAUUCAAGUUUGUGAUUGAUUCUUGCAUGUGGGCAAGUAAGCACGACAACCGCGAGGUUGAAUACGCUGGCCUUAACAUGUGUCUUGAAUUAAUCACUAACAUUGCGGAGACGGAUGCCAACACAUCUGGCCAAUUCUUCCAGCAAUUUUUCGUGCCAAUCCUACAAGAUGUUUUCUUUGUACUUACCGACACAGACCACAAAGCUGGUUUCAAGUCACAAUCUAGCCUACUCGCACGCAUGUUCUACUUUGUUGGCCCGGCAGAUGGAUCCGUACCAAAAAUACAAGGGCCUGUGUACACUCCAGAGCAAGCGGCUGCUGGCACAAGUAACAAGGACUUCUUGGGCAAUUUCGUCUCGGAGCUUUUACACAACGCUUUCCCGAACCUACAACCCGCGCAAAUCAAGGCCUUUGUGGAAGGCCUGUUUACCCUCAAUAACUCCUACGACCGGUUCAAACUCAAUCUUCGCGAUUUCCUCAUUCAAUUGAAGGAAUUCUCUGGAGACAACACCGAACUUUUCGCCGAAGAAAAAGAGCAGCUUGAUAGAGACACGAAAGCCGCAGAGCGGGAACGGUUGUCUAAAGUCGGUGGUCUAUUGAAGCCAGCUGAGCUUGCCGAAGACGAUGAUGAGUUGUGA